AUGUUCUUUUAUUCCUGGUUUGGAUCAACGGCGGCUCGAGCGCACCGUCACUUUCCCGCACUACCGGAACCACUAGACGACGCCGUAGCCAUACACGACGAGCACCAAUCCUCUUCCGGUUCCUGCAAGGACGACCCGCCAGAUAUUCCGGUACGGAAGAAUGACGAAACGUGUGUACGUACCGCCGUCCAUUCGAUCACGAUUCCGAAAUGGGACGCUCCGCUCCAAUCGGCAGCCCACGAACCGUCACUGCACAAUCUCGACAAUCCGGACCAAAGUGCGCACCAAACAGACAAUAGCGUCACCUCUUGGUGCCGUCAGCACGUACCUUCCGGUGCUUCUUGGAACGGUAGGGCUAGUUGCCGUCACCAGCAGUACAUCACCAAUCGACAGCAACUCCUAACGGAAGACGAAGAAACGGAUUCGUUGUUUCCUUUACACACGAUUCCGUUCGUCUCUAUUGAACUGCGCUUGGAACCCACCGAUCACAGUGACGACGAUGACGACGACGAUGACCUCUUUGGAUGUCCUCCCCACGGACCCCGGACUCGUCAAGCCUACACGUCAUGGGACGCGCCAGAUAUUGCUGCAGACGUCGUCUCGGCGACACCAUCCGAUCCACCCCAACGCACGGGUCAAAUUCGAAUAGGCGGAACAAAGUCGAUAGAAUUUCCGGACGCUCUGCCAAGUCGUCUUGACGAGACUGUCCAUUUAUACAACGCGAGUCAAGGGUGCCAUGCCGACUCACCGCCCGCGCAAUUCGUCUCGACCAUCCCGGCGCAUUUUGCAGUCCCCGUCGAAAUUACUGUCGUUCCGAACCACGAUCCAGGAAAUUGCAGAAAGGAUCAGGCCAGCUACAAUGUCUGCUGGAGCUCCCUUAUCGAGGACAACGAAUCGGAUAACCGGUUGGCGGAUUGCUCUCUGAUGAACGAUCCAACGGAGCCCUUGCGGUAUCCAUGGACGAACCUCCCGACACAAAGAUUCAGCGACCGCAGCACUCGCAACAAAGAGAGUCUUGUCCCGCCACUGCCCGAUCCUCUCGAUCGAUGCGCCGCCGAAUUCUACAGCUUGUUGCUGCGGCACCUCGAAACCAAACGUGUGGCCGAUCAAGCCGCCACUCAGGACUUGCUUGCCUUUUUACGGAAAUAUCCCUUGGUUGGCCAAGUACACUUCCGCUUACCCGACUUUGCCAGUGCAUAUUGCUUGCCACUGGCUUACUUUGCGGCGAUAUCCUCGUUGGAGGGCUGUCAGCUCGCGUACCGUCUCUAUCCCGAAGCGAUCGGGAUGGAAGAUGACUUUGGUCUCCCUUUGCAUUAUGCCUGUUACUUGCAAGCCGAUGUACAGGUAGUAUCGUUUCUACUGGCCCGCUAUGGGGAAGCGGCUAAACGAACCAAUCAGGAACAUCAAACGCCGCUACACUUGGCUUGUCAGGUUGCCACUCCUGGACCGACGACGAGCUCAUCCUCGAGUACUAGUUUGGAUCGACUGGUCCGGGAACCCAAUCUGCAGGUUCUGAAAGUUCUCCUCGAGCACUACCCUACCGCUUCUCAAUUGGCCGAUCGGGAGGGGAAUUUACCGUUGCACUGGGCCUUGCAAACCUCGGGCAUUUCGUUGUCACGUUGCCAGGCCUUGGCCGCUCCGAAACCGCACCAUCAAACGCUUCGCCGGAGCAACCGGAUACUGGAGAAACCUUUGCAUGUGGCUUGCCGGUUUGGUGUGUCGAUGGAAGUCUUGUCUUGGCUGCUCGAGGAGCAUUUGGGCGCGGCCAAGACUACCAACGAAAGGUUUGAAACACCACUGCACGCGGCUGUAUUGGGGGAAUCCGAGUCGAGUCGGAACAUGCGGUGGAUGCAAGCGCUGGUCCGAGCCUUUCCUGACGCCCGAUCUUGGACCGACGAGCGGGAUGAACGGCCCGUGGACAGUGCCAUACGAAUGGGCGCACCGGAAGGUAUUGUGUCUUUGCUAAGCGUGGAAUAA